AUGAAGCAACUUAAGGCCGAGCACAUCUCCGUACAAGAGAAGGCUGCUCGGCACCAGAAGGAUAUCAAUUCGCUAAGUGAGCAACUCCAGCAUAGAGAGGAAGAUAUCCGCGCCCAACAAGCCGAUAUUGAUCAGCUAGAGAAGGAGCUGAAAAAUGCCUCAGAAGGUGAAAUCGCCAAAGUGGCUCGCCAAGCGGAAAUCCUGGACAUGAGUGACGCAGAUCUCACAGCCAUGGCGAUCCAUGCUAUGAAAAACCGUGAGUUUGGGAAUAAGAUUGAUAAAGCGGCACAAAAAACGGUGACUUCAAUCAUGAUCAGGGACAUUCAGAGCGAACUAUUUAGCAGAAUGACAGGCGUCACUCCGGACAAGUUCCAAGACCUAAUGCAGCAAAUCCAAUCCGCCAAAAAUGCGUUGUCUAGCGAGAAGAAAGGGGACAAAGAUGAUGGAAAUAGAGACAACACCGAGCACACUGAGAAUGAUCGCAACAGUGUUGGAGCCCCCGAUGGUGAGUGCAACGAUGUUGGUAAGCCGCAGGAAAGUCUCGGCGGCGGCGAAGACGAGGACGACGUGUUCAUGCACCCAAUCCGACGCGCACGCCAGUCAUUGAACGAGCACCCCCCCCGGAAAAGCAAAAAAAAUGUCGGGUCCAGAUGUCAGACCUCCACAAAACACCGUUUCCGCAACAUGGUCCAGUGGGCAGCCAAGCAAACGUAG